AUGGAUGAUCAAACACUCGUCAACUUCAGAGAAUUCACAGCAUUGGCGCAUCUUUUGUCGCUUCGCAUUACCGACACCAUUGAACCUCUAUCCGCUGAUAACAUUGAGAAUGCAGAGAAUGUUGACGACAGUGAUUCGGAAGCCUCAAUAGACAUAACGCGACCAGAGGCCUUGGCCACUUCUCAAAGUGACAAGAUUUGCAGACGCUUCUUGAAUCGACUCUCAGAAACAUUGGCUAUUGACAAGCAUGGUCGCUUUGUCGCAGCAGCAGCAUUGCGAGAAGAUGAAAAAGAAAAUCGGGUGGAUAUCUGGGUGGCUGGUUUCAAGCAAGAUGAGGAUCGUAAGAUGCUCAGUGCACUCGACAAAGGGAUGAAUUCGGCUGCCAAUUCCAAUAGUUCGGAAAAUUCUUCCAGGGAUGCUGAAAAUCUUUGGAGCACAAUGCUGCUUUAUUCUAGACCGCGGACCGAGAACUAUCGAAAAGACCUGAAAAGUCUCUUUCAACAACACCGGAAAUCGAUAACAAAGGCGUUGUCUAAGAACUCCGAAAAAUCGCCCGAGGUUGCCAAAAUGCUUCAAAACGUUAUUUCUGAAGUAAAUGGGCGCCCCCAUAAUACCAGGAAAAACAAAUCUGUGGACAAAAAGCUGGACAAUGUUGUGGUUUCAGCUUUCAAAGCAAGGGAGUCCAUGACUGCCGAAACGUUAAACUCAAUGUUGGAAGAGACAACCUUGGCUGAAAAGAUUUACUCUGGAAUCUGCUUUCUUGGACGACUUCGAGCUGCGUAUGAAACCUUCAUGACAAUCUGUUUCACGACAUGGUGUGGCUACCGAGUCCAGGUUCAGCCGAUUUCAAAAUUCAAUCCGGCCAGGACCCCCGGGAAAUCUCUCAUUUUGGCUGAAACGUUGAACCUCCUUGACCUACCUCUGAGUGAUGAGAUUUUAAAAGCCCAUGUCAGGAAAAAGGGGUUUAAACAGCGGACAGCCGUGUCGAAGUUCGACAAACUACAGAUUCAGAAUUUCUAUGUCCAUGCGGAAGUCCAAUUACUUUUCUACCUUCGGAAGACAAACAUCAACGACUGUUUUCCUUACAUCGGCAGUAGUAAGCUAAAUUGCUUCCUUUGCGCCGAAUUUCUGAAAGCAUUUGGUGGAUUUCAAACCCGAGGCUGCCACGGCCAUCUAUAUUCCAAAUGGCUCAUUCCCCAAACAGCGGAAUACCCGGAGAAUAUUGAAGAGGUCCAUUCCGCUCUGAGGAAGGUUGAGGAUGAAGUAAGAAGACAACUGCUCACGCCUACCAUGAAGAGAAAACCGGCCAAAGCCGAGUCAACAAUUGGCUUAACAGAAACCUCUACAAUGCCCAACCCGCUCGGAUCCCAGAGCAACACACUGGUGCAGGAGUAUCUUCGCAACCGAAUACAAGAGACAGAGCAGCAGAUGUUCCUAGAUAAACUCAAUCUUCGGAGUAAUCACAAACGGGAGCAGGAAGAUGCAUGUUCCGUUUACGAUGAACAGGCGGAAACAGAAGACUACGCGCACUCCGGCGACGAGAGUCCAGUGCACGGUGAAUGCGAGGGCGGCUGCUACAGAGAGACCUCACGAAGAUGCAGCAUGUGUGGUAGCGGUUUGUUCUGUUCGACUAGUUGCGAGUCGAAAAGGUCUUCCCGUCACUUAUUCAGAUGUAACUUACGCCCGCUGACAACUGCUGAUUACCUUUACCGUGAUGUUAUUCGUGAUGAAAUGCCAAAGGAUCCGGAUGUUUUGGCCGACUUCGGAUUUAGCAGGCUCCCUCGAAAAGACUAUUUCAAACUGCUUGGCCUCUACCAAGGCCUGAUGAAACAUCUCAAAGUUACCGUUAAGGAGCUUCAUCAGUGGCAGCAAGCUGAAACCAUCCCCGAGGAUACUAUGAGGAUAUUUUCUGGGGUUCCUGAGAAGGCGAGAGGUGGAUAUUAUCCGUGGUUCAUGAAAAAUCAUCAGCGGAUUUUUGGCUCCGAGCCUGCUGACACAAAACCGGGACGCACUUAG